AUGGGGUCGAAAACUUCCCAAAUACAGCGAAAACAUGCUGAUGAUGUCUACGAUACCUAUAUAACACGUUGGGAUUUUUUCCCAACGCACAGUGCAUUCUUUCAAGGUCCCGCUGGAACUGUCGUUACUGCCUUCAGAUUCCAUCCCAAGUAUGUCUAGACUACUUUAAAUUCGAUUCUAAGGCUAUUCUAUAAUUUGGGACCAAGAUCCGCGCAAUUGUGGAAAAUUAUGGCUAAAAUUAUAUUACUCUUGAUAUCAAAACCAAAAAAAAAUGUUUCAGAGUCCACUAUACAUCCCACCAAACCAAGGAAACACGAGUACUUGAAGAUUUGGUCUACGUCUUUGGCAAUAAUAAGCGGAAAGGCCUGAUUCCGGUUAUCUUUUUGCAGCUAUUCAACAAAAUUGGACGCCCUUUUGGUGCUCUAGGUGCAGUUAUUGAUCAAUGUUCGCCCAGAAAAGAGAUUAUUGAAGCCAGGUAAGUAAAUAAGACCGAUUUUCUUACCAUAGGACUUUUUCUGCAUUUUCCCCGCCUAAUUAGCGAUUUUUAUCAGCUGCAGACUGCGCGAGGCAUUUUAUACGAUGGAAGCUGUUCGAGUGUUUAGGAGCUUCGGAAAUCGAGCUUUCUUGUUAUUACCAGUCGGUUUUUGUAGUAAAGUCGGCUUUUCAGAUGGUUUUUACCGCGUGUAUCAUUCGCUGAGGUCUCAAUUUACUUCGCCGAAAAUGUGAUCGAAGCUGGAUCAUGGUUAGUGUGCAAUCCCCAGGAAACUGAGCCAAUUUCCAACCGAUGGGCCGAGUAUUGGCUCGCAAUAAAGACCUACGAUGGUCAUCCGCAACGAACGAUCGAGAUUUUUGAGAAUUCGCGGAAAUGGAAUCGAAAAAUUGCGGAAAAAUGUUCGUUGGAGCCGCGGAAAUUGAAAUUCUUGAAGGAGACGGCUAAAGACAAGGAUGAAACGGAUGGAAAUCAUAAGGAAGAGAAGGAGUAUGGGUUAGAAGAGCUAUGGAAGCAGUCGGCAAUGGAAUCGGGCAAUGAAAAACAGGAGUUUUUGGUGGAUCUAAUUGACAACUACCUGAAGCGAGAAAAAGAUGGACGGAGCGUAGCUAGGAAUGCUUCUCGUACAGCGCCUUUGGUCUCAAGAGAUGCGCAGAAGGACGGAGAUUUAGACGGUGUUGAGGGCAAGACUCUGCCUUUGGGUAGACUCGUGAAAUGUGAGUUUUUGCUUUGUUGUUCAUGGUUUAGAUAAGAAACUUUAAGAAAACAAUGAAACCUGGGUUAUUUCUGCUGGGAAUUGAAAGAAAUUGCGUAACUAGUUGAUGGACUAUCAGUUUAUCGCAAUUUUACGUCAAUUCUAGUCUAAUUUCACAUAGUUUUCUCGACAUUGUUUAUUAUGAAGAUGCCAAUUUGAGAUUUUGAUCAGAAAUUGUAAUACAAAGGUUCAGAUACCUAGUUUUUAUUGAUUUUUAGUGGCCAACAAGACCCUUUCGACACCUGGAAAAGCUCCGAACCCCAGCACUAACGCCAGAAAAUCUGCUGGAACGGAUGAGAAAAAAAUGGAAGGAAGCUCUGAUAAAGUAAUAUAAUUUUUGAUAAAAAGCAGUGUAAUUAUGGUUGAAAUUUGUUGUAGAUGCUAUAGAAGCAAUGUUUUAGGUCCAAGCCGGCAAGGACGUGAAUAAAUCUGCGCAAAAUCCGGCCGCAACUCCCCUAAACUCUAUUACGACAAAUGAAAAUCCUGCCGGCCCGAAAAGUAUUGAGCCAAAUGUCAUAAAGAAUACUGUAAACUCAAUCAAGAAGCUGAUUACCGACUCUUUACCAGCCACUCUCGAUCCUCCACCACCUGUAAUUUUCCUCCGGAUCAAGAGGACCGAGUAAGUCGUGUUUAAUAUUAUUGCUUAUAACUUUUAGAACGGGUCGGUUUUAUUUGUUCAAGCCGCAUGAAGAGACGUUUCCAAGUAUUUACCAUCUACUGAACGCGUAUACAGGUCAUUCGUUGCCGUUGGACACCAAUUUUCCGGUGAUUUUGGGAGAGCCCGUCAGGUAUCAUGAACGAGAACAAAUCGGUAUACCACCGAUCGGAUUGCCCGUCCCAGCCCCUGUCCGGCCGACUAUGCGUUGCAUAGGUCUUGUCAAUUCUCCAGCUCCAUUGUGGAAGGAGAAGAAGGCGGAUUUGGGGAGCAAUGGACCGUUGAAUGUUGUACCAUACCAGUCUAAUGCUUCGGUUUAUACUUUUGUUUAUACUGCAAAGCAGGCGAGGAAAAUUGGAGUCACUUCGCCACUGGGCGAAAGCUUCUUUGGAAAGGUUCAAGCGGGACGAAAGUCUUUCAAAUCGGUCUUCAAAUACUUGAAGGAUGACUAUAUUAACCAUGAGCAGUUCCUCAAAGACCUGAUGAAACUUUAUUCAAGCACUCGAACUCGUCAGGGAUUUGUGAAGUGAGCUUUUAGAAGCUCUUUUUAUCUCAUUUUCUUUAUUUUUUGAUAAUAAUUUUUUCAAUUCAGACCAGGAGAUCACAUUUAUAUCCCAACAGGCCUCAAUUUUCUAGCCAAAGUCACUGGAUUUGAUAUUGUAUCGGCCAAAAAGUGGAUUGCAUUCUCUCAUGCGGGAUUGUACUCGGUCCCAGAGGUCAUGAAAUUGUGGGGUGAUGAAGGGAAACUUCUUUAUUGGCGAGGAAAAAUCGAAAUUGUCCAUCAGGUAGCAAGUGUAAUAUAAAUUUUUGUUAUUUUUAGGUUGCGGCCGCUAUGAUGCAUCUGGAACAGAAUGGAUUGUGUCAUAGAGCCCUCAAGGCGUCGAAUGUGAUUGUAAAAGAGGCGGGAGAAUUUAGUUGGAGAGUUGUUGUGACCGAUUUUUUGUUGCCAUACAGCUUUUUGGUGGUAGGUUGGAAAUUUUUGAUUUUUUUUUGUUCUUAGGGGAGAGUGGAGGAUUUCUUCAAAGAUUAUGGUAUUUUAGACCGUAUCAAAGAAGCCAAGCGACUACAUUACCUUGCAUUGGCGCUGGAUGGCUCCAGAAAGUCUGGAGAAAUCGCAGUUUGAUAUCAUUUCCGACGUCUGGGCAUUUGGUUGCACAAGUUUUCAGAUUUUGACAUGGGGAAAAGAGCCGUGGAGCUAUGAUAAUGAUGUGAAAACUCCUGUGGAUGUAUUGGAAAAGAUCAAGAAUGGCAAAAUGAUGAAGUUUGGAUCAGAAAAACAGCGGAAAAUACCGUAUUAUCUCAAAAAAUUGAUUGAAAUCUGCAUGAAUAAGGCUGAAAAGGCAAGUUUUGAUGAGAUAAUGAAAUUGAUGAUUUAGGAAAGACCGUCUUUCCAAAAGCUCCAUAACUACUUGAGUAUCCUGCUUUAUGACGCCACCAAACCCAUGGGACGAACGAUUUAUGAGAAUUUGAUCGGUGGAAAUAAGGAAUUCCAAAAAACCGCGAAUAUUCCGGCGUCUCAAAAUGCAGGAAAAUAG